AGAGAGUCAGGAUUCCUACUUUCCCCCGCUGAAAGAAACACAGUGCGCGUCUGUAUAGAGCAGAAGUUCAGUCUCUGGCUAGGUUCGCUGGAUUUUGGAGGUUUCACUUUUAUUAUAAGAGACGCCUUUAUUGCACGCGGAUUCGUGUCGGACUUCUGCUAUGUGGUGGAUGAAGAAGUCGUGAUUUAUGAACGACUGAAACAUUUUCUCAACCUGCAGCUGCGAGUCCCGGUGCGCCGAGCGCGUUUCUCCCCGCGGAUCAUACGCGCGUCUUGCGCAUUGUGCGCCUUUACGCAUCGGGUGGAUUUUGGACACGGGACCUGUACUGCGAUGUUGCGGACACCUGUCGUGAUUUUCACUUCUCUCUCGCUCGUCGUAUCGCUGACGUUUGCUGGAGAUGUAAAAUCGCGCAGCUGCGGCGACGUGCGCCAUGCGUACAUGUCCAAAGGCUUCAGUCUCCAUAAUGUGCCACAUCAGGAGAUACCAGGUGAACAUCUGCGGGUUUGCUCUCAAGGGUACACCUGCUGUACCUCCGAGAUGGAAGAGAAACUCGGGCACCAGAGCAAGCUGGAUUUUGAGAAAUUAGUCGAAGACAGCAGCCACACCAUACGGACAAUAUUUAUCUCCCAACACAAGAAGUUUGACGAAUUCUUCCUGGAGUUGCUGGACAACUCGGAGAAGUCGCUCAACGACAUGUUCGUGCGCACAUACGGCAUACUCUACACUCACAACUCGGAGAUGUUCGAGGAGCUGUUCUCCGAGCUCAAGCGCUAUUACACCGGCGGAAACGUCAAUCUGGAGGAGAUGCUGAACGACUUCUGGUUGAGGUUGUUGGAGCGAAUGUUUCAGCUGCUUAACUCGGAGUACACGCUCACAGAGGACUUUCUGGAGUGCAUCAGCAAAUACACAGACCAGCUAAAGCCCUUCGGAGACGUCCCGCGCAAGCUCAAGGCUCAGGUCACGAAGGCCUUCAUCGUGGCUCGGUCGUUCGUUCAAGGACUCAUGGUGGGUCGAGAAGUGGCCAACAGGGUGGCAAAGGUCAAUAUAUCACCGGGGUGUAGCAAAGCGCUGACCAAAAUGCUGUAUUGCCCGUACUGUGGAGGAAUGCCAGAUCUUAAACCCUGCGCCAGCUACUGCCAAAAUGUCAUGCGAGGCUGUCUGGCAAACCAAGCGGACCUCGAUCCAGAGUGGAACCUCUUCAUCGAUGCCAUGCUGCUAGUAGCUGAUAAGCUGGAGGGACCGUUUAACAUCGAGGCUGUCAUGGAACCGAUUGAUGUGAAGAUCUCAGAAGCAAUCAUGAUCAUGCAAGACAACAGUAUGCAGGUUUCAGCUAAGGUAUUCAGUGGAUGCGGUAAGCCCAAACCGGCCGAAAUGGGAAGGUCUGCCCGCGGGAUCUCGGAUGUGUUCAGUGGUCGUUUCAAACCGUACAGCCCAGAAGAAAGGCCGACCACAGCAGCAGGGACCAGUUUGGACAGACUGAGGAAUGUUUGGAUGACUAUGCAACACAGUGUGAUCGACAUUAAGGAGGAGCUCAAACAGUCGAAGAAGUUCUGGUCGUCGCUGCCAGACGUCAUCUGUGCGGAGGAUAAAGUGACUGACCCAAAUGAAGAGCAGUGCUGGAACAGCCACACAAAGGGAAGAUAUUUUCCUGAAGUUGUGAAAGACGGUCUUACAAACCAGCUCAAUAAUCCAGAGGUGGACGUGGACAUCACGAGACCGGACACGUUCAUCCGUCAGCAGAUCAUGACCCUCAGAGUAAUGACCAACAAGUUACGAAACGCUUACAACGGGAAAGAUGUUUACUUUCAAGAUUCAAGUGAUGAGGAGAGCGGUUCGGGCAGCGGUAGCGGCUUCACGACAGUAUCUGAGGUGGUGCACACGGAGCCUCCGAUGGUGGAAGCCGACAUCAGCGAACCGCAGCCUGCGGCGGACGCGUCUGGUCAGCAAAAGCCUCGUCUGCAGUUUUUAGUUGGUGUAAUCGCACUGGUAUCACUGUUACUGCAGUGGAGAUAAUGGCAGGAGGAGGCAACAGCCAAACAGACUUUAAAGACAAACGCAGCGUCGUUCUUGACACGCUGUUAGCCUUUGCCUCAAUGGACUGGAUGUUUUCCAAAAAAAGCCCACGAUAAAACGGAGAACAAGCUCGCUAGCUGAACGUACGGAGAGUUCAUAUUUGCAUCCUGCUUGUUCCAAAGAAUGCUUGGUGCAAUCAAAAAUCUGCUUCUAUUUUGGCCAACGUUUCGAAAUGAAGUUAAAGGUGAUGUGUGUAAUUUUUUUUUCCGAUGUUUAAAUACUUUCUCCUCUCCCUGCUUAAUAUGCAGAGACGACAUUCGUAGGUUUGAAGCGCUCGGUGCUUUCCAAACUUUGCUCUGUUCGUUUGAGCAGCCCACCAGCCAAAGCAUCAUUGACUCGACCAAUGGCGUGAAUUUGGGGCGGGACUAUCUGUUUGCCCGACCAAUGGCAGAUUGCGGGGUUCUUGAUAGCGGUUAAUAUUUUUCGCUAGUGAUGCCGAAAUUACACGCUUCACCUUUAAAAGAAAAACAAACUUUUAGGACAAUAGGUGGUUGCCGCACAGAUGGGACCACUUUCCAUGUUUGUUUGGGAAAAGAGAGAAUAAUGAAAAUAUAUUUUUCCUUUUAUACUGCAUAAAUGAGUCAAACUAAAAGCGCUCUGGUGUUUUUUUUAUGUUCUCCCCUUUUAUUAAUCCAAUAAAGAAAUCAAGAUAUAAACAAAAAAAUAGCAACAACGAAAAAAUCUAAACGAAACUUGUUUAUGUACCACUGUGAGAAUGCAUGGGGAGGUCAUGAGUACAGGUUUUUAACUGUGAUUUUCACACAAUUAUAAGUUUUUUAAGUUAAAGUAAAGUACUGUUAAUCGUAAAACGAUUGAAUGUUUAAAGAGUCUGGUGAAUUUCCCCCGAGGGCUGCGCCUGCUUAACUCAAAUUAAAUGAUCCAUAUCUUAAUAUAUAAAGGUUUUAGUUAAAAGCGUUUUCUUACAGAGAAAGAUUUAUUUAUAUUUCUAAUAUAAUUAUAUAUUUUGCCUUUACCAGUUAGCAACUUUUAUUCAAAACUGCUUCUAACAGAUUUGCUCCUGCUAAAGAUUAUUUAUCCCCUGUUCAAUGCAAGCAUAAUAAUAAUAUUAUUAUUAUUAAAAUGAAACAAUUAUAUAAGAUUUUGAUUUGGUUUCUAGGCCUGAAUUCGGCAGUAUUGGACGUUUUGAAUGGGCUUGCAUCUGAAUUAACCGUGUUAAGUGUUCAAACAGACCCUUUUGUUUUUAUGCACAUUUAUAUAUUCAUCAUUUAUAUAUUCAUAAUCAUAUAUUUACAACCCUCAUUUACAAUAUUUUCUUAAUUUCAGUUCGUUCUACUGUAUGUAGCUCACUGUGUUAGCGUUUCACUUUUACCAAUGCAUUUUAUUAUGAAUCAUUGGGCCUUAUUCGUGAGACACAAGCGUAAGAAAUGUCUUUGUAAACUGUAAUGCAAAUUUGACACAAUUCUUUGGCAAAAUCUAGACUCUUGAUCAUAAGGACGUAAAACUUCCCGUUUUGAUGCAUUUUAUUUUUGUUUGUUUUUUUUACAUCGCUUAUAUAAAAUUUUUUACGAACUAUUUGCACAGUAUACACUGUCAGGAAAACAUGGUCCUUAGCUGUCACUGGGGGGAAACGCUUUUAAAAAGCACACCUUUGCACCAAACGUGUACCUCGAAGGUACAUAUUGGUACCAAAUGUAUACAUGUCUGUACUUAACUCAUUCCCAGACAGCCA